ACAACAAUAUACAUAACGGUUUUGCUUCCCUCCAAAAUCAAAUCCACACUCAUUCAUUCAUUCUUUUCUGUUCUAUCCAAGAACAAGAACCACUCAACUUCAAGAAAACAAAAAUGGUGGAAGGUUCAUCCAUCACCGUUACCAUACAAUUUCUAUUACUGUUAUUUUUCACCUCAAUAUUCAUCUCUGCCUCUUCCUUUCCACAAGAUUCUCACUCUCAAGAUGAACACCAAGAUAAGCCACCGAGUUACCUGAAAAUGGUGGCGAACGCGAGCGAGUUUCCGUUAGAAGAUUACUACGACUACAUCAUAGUCGGUGGCGGAACUGCCGGAUGUCCAUUAGCCGCCACGCUCUCACAAAACUACCGUGUUCUCAUCCUUGAACGCGGCGGAAUCAGCCACGGAAGACUCAACCUAAUGAACCAAGAAGGUUUCUUGAACACACUCUUGAACGCAAACGCAAACAACGAAGAUUCACCGGCUCAAUCGUUCGUUUCAGAAGACGGCGUACUCAACGCACGUGGCCGCGUUCUCGGCGGUAGUAGCGCGAUCAACGCCGGUUUUUACAGCAGAGCCGAUCGUGAGUUUUUCACGAAUUCAGGUCUUCUUUGGGAUUUAAAACUCGUGAACGAAUCGUACGAAUGGGUUGAACGAGAAAUCGUGUUUCGUCCUCAAUUGAAAACGUGGCAAUCCGCAGUUCGUGAUGGUCUUCUAGAAGCAGGUGUGGGUCCCUAUAACGGUUUCACAUUAGAUCACGCUAGUGGCACGAAAAUCGGUGGAUCUACUUUUGAUUCGUCAGGUAAACGACGUAGUUCAGCAGAUCUUUUACGAUAUGCACGACAUUCCAAUCUGAGAAUUGCCGUUUACGCUAGCGUCGAAAGACUCCUUCUAGCAUCUUCUUCAACAACUUUUUCUUCUUCUGCUAUCGGUGUUCUUUAUCGCGAUGAAAACAGUAAAUAUCAUCACGCGAUUCUGAAAGAUCGCGGUGAAGUGAUUCUUUCAGCAGGUGCAAUUGGAAGUCCUCAACUUCUUCUUCUCAGUGGAAUCGGACCUAGACCUUAUCUUUCUUCGUGGGGAAUUCCGGUGACUCAUCAUUUACCUUACGUAGGUCAUUUUCUAUAUGAUAAUCCACGUAACGGUAUCACUUUUCUACCUUCAAUUCCUCUUGAACACUCGCUUAUACAAGUUGUAGGAAUAACUAAUUCAGGUGCUUAUAUAGAAGCUGCUUCUAAUGUUGUUCCUUUUUCAUCCCCACCGCAAACUGCUUUCAUCCGUUCGCCUGCUUCUCCGCUUUAUCUGACGGUUGCGACCCUGAUUUCGAAGAUUUCGGGGCCUCUUUCGGCCGGUUUUCUACGAUUGGCUUCCACUGAUGUUAGGUUUAGUCCAAUUGUUAGGUUUAAUUACUUUGACAAUGCUGUUGAUGUUGAGAGGUGUGUUAAUGGGACUAGGAAAUUAGGGGAUGUUUUGAGGAGUAGAGCUAUGAAUGAUUUUAAGUUUAGGAAUUGGUUAGGUGUGAGAGAUUUUCGGUUUAUUGGACCGGCAUUGCCGCAUGAUCAAUCGGAUUAUGGUGAGAUGGCUGAUUUUUGUAGAAGGACUGUUAGUACUAUAUGGCAUUAUCAUGGUGGAUGUGUUGUUGGUAGGGUUGUUGAUUCUCAUCUUAAGGUCAUUGGAAUUGAUUCUCUGAGAAUUGUGGAUGGUUCUGUUUUUAGUAUUUCACCUGGAACUAAUCCUCAGGCUACACUAAUGAUGCUUGGAAGGUAUUUUGGGCUCAAGAUGAUCAGAGAAAGGGAAAGGAGUACAGAUGAUUUGUGAACCUGCAAUUCUGUUUUGGUAUUUUACAUUGUGUAAUCAAUCAUUGUUGAUGAUCAAUUAGGAUAUUUGAUGUAUAUUCAAAAUUAAAGUAAACACAAUGUAUACACUGGAUUUGUAAAAACUACUUGGGGGUAGAUUUGUGAUGAUAUUUUGUAUCCCCUUGCUGUUGAUUGAUUAGAUUGUAUUUUUGAUUAAUUGCUGAAUAAUAAUGCCAAGUUGCCAAUGAUCAAAGUAUUCAUUCCCAAGUUUCU